UGCCAUAAUAAACUACAACGCCAGUCAGAACAGUCGUAGUGCAAUUAGCUAGUGGAUUGUGCAACAGCAAGCAAAAUGACCGACAAGUUAGAUGCGGAACAAUUCAACGACGACGAACUGGAGGCACCGGCUUGGCUGAAUCCUCUAUUUAUAGAGAAUAUUCUGAGCGCGUACGAAGAUGCCCCGGAACUGAAAGUGGUCGAUCUAAAAAUCACACCCGCGAGUUUCCAGGGCGAUCACUAUGCCAGCGUUAUGUUCCGUACAACUGCGGAGUGUACCACCUCGAAGGGCAAGUUCAGUCGGCCACUGAUCAUCAAGACGAUGCCCGAGCAGGAAGGACACAAGAAGGACAUGCUCAGCGAGUCGCAUCUGUUCGAAACCGAGAUCGGGAUGUACUGCCAGGUUCUCCCGGAAUUUGAGAGGAUUCUGCGGCAAGCAGGGGAUAAUACCAAACUAUUUGUGCCCUGCAUUUACCACAGCCUGGAGCCGCGUAAGGUGAUGAUAUUUGAGGAUCUGGUGCCGCAGGGGUACUAUGUCAUUCGAGACCGUCCAGUUGCUCAGGAGGAGCUCAAAACAGCCUUCUCCAAACUGGCCAAAUGGCAUGCAGUGAGCAUGAAAUUCAUAAAGGAGCAACCUGAGUUUCUGAAGCAGUUUAAAUAUGGCCUAUUCGACCUGCCCACUAUACAUAAUGACCCUUUUAUAACGACUGGCAUGCAGAGUUUCAUUGAUAUGCUGGAUAGAUUGCCAGAGCUAAGAAGGUAUAAGCCUCAUUUCGAACAGAUAAAAGAUAAAUACCUACAACGACUGCAAGCUGAGAUGCAGGAAUACCAUGAAAACCGGCAGAGCGAUGCCUUCUAUGUCCUGUGCCAUGGCGACUUCCAUCUUCGCAAUAUGAUGUUCAAGAACAAUAAGGAGACGGGAGCCCACGAGGAUACCAUGCUGGUGGAUUUCCAGAUUAGCAACCUCACUUCCAUCACAAUUGACUUAACAUAUUCCAUCUAUAUGCUGAUGGAGCCGGAACAACGCAGGGAAAUGGGAAGGGACUUGAUUAAUUACUAUUAUACAGAAUUGGUAGCUACACUCAGGAAAAUUGGAUACAAAGGUGAAAUGCCAACCCAAGCGAAACUCUGGGAGCAGAUGCAUCGGAACAAGUAUUAUGAUUUUUUUUUGUUGAGCACUUUUUUGCCCUUGAUUUUGGCCAUCAAAUCGAAUAGUUUCAAAAUGAAAGACCUCAUCCAGGAUCAGGAAACCCGUCAAAAAACGUACUUUUUGGAUACAUACAUAAAAGAUGUUUCCAAACUAUUGCCCAAAUUUGAGCAACUGGGCUACUUUAAAGGUCUAUAGUUAUGAUUUAUUUUUAUAAAUGUGUUUCUCUUGUUUUGUUUAUACC